UUGGACUCCUCAUUCAGCAUACGUAUCCACGAUCCACGAGAGGGCCGAGGAGAAAUAACGCAAGCGCAAUAGAAAAUUCCCUUAGUAGUAGAGGGAAACUCGUUCAUCGUUUCCUCUCUUGCGUCAAUAUAUCCGAUAUUUAUACCGAUUCGAUUGAAUUGUUGGCAUUUCUAUUGCAAAUAAGAGAAAAAAAACCACGAGUCUUCGUAGUGCAGUUAAAUCGCAGAAACACGUCAAAGAUGACGACCCCGGUGGUUAUUGCGGCGACUGCACGACACUCAGCCACGCUCAUAUUUUUCCAUGGUUUGGGUGACACUGGACAUGGCUGGGCAACUCCGAUGGGAGCAGUACGUUCGUCCCACAUCAAAGUUAUCUGCCCUACGGCACCAACAAUGCCGGUGACACUGAAUGCUGGAUUCAGAAUGCCGUCAUGGUUCGAUCUCAAAUCAUUGGAUCCAAGUGGACAGGAAGACGAGGAUGGAAUUAGGCAGGCUGCAAAAAUGGUUCAUGGACUGAUAGCUGAAGAAGUAGCAGCUGGAAUUCCAACAAAACGAAUAGUAAUAGGCGGUUUCAGUCAGGGUGGAGCUCUUGCCAUUUAUAGUGCACUGACAUUUCCAGAACCACUCGCCGGAGUAAUAGCACUCUCUGCAUGGCUUCCUCUUCAUCAAAAGUUUCCUGCUGAAGCGAUAGGAAACAAAAGCACGCCACUGCUUCAAUGUCAUGGAGAUUGCGAUCCUAUUGUACCAUACAAAUGGGGCCAAAUGACGGCAUCGCUGCUCAAACAAUUCACAACUUCAAUUGAAUUCAAGAGUUAUCGCGGAAUGAUGCAUACCUCGUGCGAAGACGAAAUGCGAGACGUCAAAAAAUUCAUCGAGAAAGUUCUCAAGCCGUAAUAGCCGAGAUUACGUUUGUAACGGAAUUUCAACAAUCAUUGCUCCGAUCGAGAGAAACGAGGAUAAGGUUUAAUAAUUAUUAAAUAAACGAAUUCCAGUUGCAUUGUUUCGCCUAGAGAGUCUCAUCGUGUUGAUGAGAAAUUUCCUUACGAUAUAGAAAACCUAUUGGUCUCUUUCAUUAUUUGAGAACUCUAGUAUUCGCUCUAGCCUUCGCUGCCUUUGAAAAAAGAGUCGAAGAGAAACAUUCCGAUAAAUGAUUUUUAGCGUUAUACUGCGAUUCCCCAACAACGCGCGACAGGACCAAUUCGAUUCCCGCCCCAACCUCUAAGGCCUAUAUUCAAGAUUACUUAAUUCGAACGUUCAUCACGUUCCAUUCAAACUAAACUCGUACAAUAAUAAUGAUCUUCGUUUCUCUACGACUAAAUAGCCUUUCUCGAAUAUCUCGACUCUAAAUGAUUUUUUAAUGCAACAUCUUAACCUUUCAUAUCUACUUCAUCAUAUUUGAUGUAAGAUUCACCGAAAAUUAAAAAGCAUUUUCCAUUCAUGAAGUAUCGUCAACAAUUCGAUUACUCCAAGCGCUGCUGUGUAAGGAAUUUGGUGAACGUUAAAUAUUUAAGAAAACUUGUUGGGUCAUGAAAAAUUACGUACGAGACUUUUUCUCUAUAUUUAGCAAUUCCUAAAAUUUUUUUCUCUUCGAUACUUGACUUUCAUCAUACAUUACAGACGUAUUUUGAAGAGAAGAUUUUGUGGUAUAAAAAUGAUGUUCGAGUAGUUAUAUCAGAGAGAAGUCGUUUGUACAGUGAAUAAAUAAGAAGUAGAUUUGUUUUGCUUUGAAAAUUAAUCGAUCGUCGAAUAACUCGAUGAUUGUCGUCAUUGAAUCUUCUUGCAUUUUCGCAAUGUAUAGAACGAAUGUUAUUCGUUGGUCAAUACAGCUAUUGUAUACGCUUCAUAUGUUUAUAUUAUCAAGUCAUAAAUAUUAGCAACUCGAUGAAAAAAAAAAAAAAACAAAAUAACCGCUCUUCCAGCCCGGCA